AUGAGGGACGAGAAAGGGGAAGCAUAUCGGGAGCUCUGGAGUUCUCCACCAGCCCCUCCGAUCCCCCUGGGGCCAACGCGCAUAGAGCUCCCAAAGCCUGCAAAUGGACACCCCCUGGAUGAGCAAAUCCCUCUUCCGGGACAAUGGCCAGUAGAUCCUCAAGAGGAUGUGCCCAUCUCGGAGGACCGCAUCUGGGUUGACGGCUGCUUCGACUUCAGCCAUCACGGCCACGCUGGCGCUAUGCUCCAGGCUCGUCGGCUCGGAAAAGAAUUGUAUGUGGGGAUUCAUUCCGACCAAGCAAUUUUGGAGAACAAGGGCCCGACGGUGAUGUCUUUGGAUGAACGAGUCGCAGCCGUCGACGCCUGUCGAUGGGCCACUCAAAGCGUCCCUCAUGCCCCUUACGUGACCUUUUUGCCUUGGGUGUCCCAUUACGGUUGUAAGUAUGUUGUCCACGGCGACGAUAUCACGUCCGACAGCGAUGGCAAUGAUUGUUACCGAUACGUCAAAGCUGCAGGCCGCUUCAAGGUGGUAAAACGAACCCCGGGGAUUUCUACUACGGACCUGGUUGGGCGUAUGCUUCUUUGCACCAAGAAUCAUUUCGUCAAGUCCGUCAGAAACACUUUAGCAGGCAAGGAAGUACCGGGAAGCCCUGAUGAGCGCAAAAAGUCCGCCGAGGAUCUAUUGCAGCGGAUCCGGGAUUAUGCUACGGACGAAAGUGGCCUGCAACCUGGCCCUCAGGUCUGGACGUGGGCCGGUUCCGGGGCGGCGAAAAUUGACCAUAUGGUCGAAGAAGCCGGGUCGUUUGACAACUUGGUGAGCGGGAAGGGCCCUCGACCUGGACAGCGUAUUGUCUAUGUUGAUGGUGGGUUUGACCUUUUCUCAUCUGGCCACAUCGAAUUCCUCCGCCAAGUUAUGAAAAUAGAAGAAUCUCAAGGCCGCCAGCGAGGUUGGUAUGAGCCUGGUCAAAGAGAGAAGAGACUCAAGGAGCACGAUGAGGACUACGCCCCUGCUUAUAUCGUUGCCGGAAUUCAUGAUGACGACGUGAUCAAUCAUUGGAAGGGACUCAACUACCCCAUCAUGAAUAUCUUCGAGCGUGCUCUUUGCGUUCUCCAGUGCCGGUAUAUCCAUGCGGUGGUGUUCUCUGCUCCUUUUACUCCUACUCAACCAUACCUCGAGGCCAUGCCCCUGGGCACGCCAGAUGUCGUUUAUCAUGGGCCUACAACGUUUAUUCCCUUGACCUACGAUCCUUACACCGCCCCCAAGAAGAUGGGAAUCUUCCAGGAAGUUGAACAGCAUGCCUUCCAGCACGUGAAUGCGGGUGAAAUUGUCGAUCGAAUUCUAAAGAGCCGCGAAGCCUACGAAGCGAGGCAACGUGCCAAGCUGCAGAAAGGGGUUGCCGAGGACCUCGUCAAGUCGAAAGAACAGGCACCUGCCUAG